AUGGCAGCGUUUAAAGAAUGUCUUCACAUGGCAAUAAGACAACGCGUGACGUUGCUUCUACUGCGAGAACCAUAUGUAGGUGCAAUAUCACAUGUAACGUGUAAUCGUCGCGUAAUUCAAAAGACUACCAGUAAUAGAGAUAAACCGCUUAAAUCGGCAGUCAUCGUUGUUGAUCCAACCUACUUAAUCUUAGAAAAUCCAGAGCAUGUUAGCGAAAAUAUUGUAGGAUUUAUAGUUAAAAUAGGAAAACUUGUAGUAGGCAUUAUAAAUGCGUAUUUAGAGAAAGACGGUAACAUAGAAGAUGAUAUAAGGAAGAUAACAAGAAUUUUGCAAGAUAUGGACACGGAAAACGUCAUUCUAACAGGCGACUUUAAUGCAAGGAGUCUCUGGUGGGGGAGCAGAGCUGAGAACGAGAGGGGUUUACUUUUAUCGGAAAUGAUAGCUGAACUGGAUAUGAAUGUCUUGAAUCAGGGCAGUGACUCCACCUUUUACCAAUACUGA